UUUUUGUAAAACAAAUUGUGUUUAAUAUCAUGGAAGACUUUGAAAGAAUUGAGAAAAUUGGAGAGGGCACGUAUGGUGUGGUCUAUAAAGGCCGCAAUCGUGUAACUGGGCAAAUAGUCGCCAUGAAGAAAAUUCGUUUGGAGUCUGAUGAUGAAGGCGUCCCCUCUACAGCUAUUAGAGAAAUUUCUCUACUUAAGGAAUUAAAACAUCCUAACAUUGUAUGCUUGGUAGAUGUUUUGAUGGAGGAAAACCGUAUAUUUUUAAUUUUUGAAUUCUUGUCAAUGGAUCUCAAGAAAUACAUGGACUCCUUGCCACCUGAAAAACACCUUGAUAGUCAAUUAGUGCGAAGCUAUUUGUAUCAAAUUACAGAUGCAAUUAUGUUCUGUCACCGACGUCGUGUUUUGCAUCGUGAUCUAAAGCCGCAAAACUUGCUUAUUGAUAAGAAUGGCAUAAUUAAAGUAGCCGAUUUUGGACUUGGCAGAUCCUUUGGAAUUCCAGUGCGCAUAUAUACUCAUGAAAUUGUUACGCUCUGGUACAGAGCUCCUGAAGUAUUACUUGGAUCGCCCAGAUACUCUUGCCCUGUAGAUAUUUGGUCAAUUGGAUGUAUAUUUGCUGAAAUGGCGACGCGCAAACCACUGUUUCAAGGAGACUCUGAAAUAGACCAAUUGUUCCGCAUGUUCAGGAUUCUUAAAACGCCCACCGAGGAAAUUUGGCCUGGUGUAACAUCACUGCCUGAUUACAAGAAUACAUUCCCCUGUUGGUCAACAAAUCAAUUGACCAACCAGCUUAAAAAUCUUGAUGACAAUGGUGUUGAUCUUAUACAGAAGAUGCUUAUAUAUGAUCCAGUGCAUCGUAUCACAGCCAAGGACAUUUUGGAGCAUUCGUAUUUUGAUGGGUUUAAGGUUAAUUUAACUUCGUGAGUAAGAAGUGCUGAAAGGGUGACCCACAUGCGGAAAGCAGACAUGUAUGAAUAAGACUAGAAGUUAGUACAUAAAUAAAUUACAUAUAAAAUAAUAUGAAUUUAAAU